AUGUCUUUCACACUUCUUGCUAUGGAAAAUCCUUUAUUGGAUAUUCAAUGUAAGCCCAGCGAGGAACUUCUCAAGAAGUACAAUUUGAAGGCAAACGAUGCUAUCUUGGCCGACGACUCUCACCAACCUUUGUACAAGGAAAUCCUUGACAACUAUGAGGUUAAUUAUGUUGCUGGUGGCGCUGCCCAAAACACGGCUCGUGGUGCUCAAUUCUUUUUACCUCCCAAGUCUGUUAUCUAUAUGGGCUGUGUCUCUGAUGAUAAGUUUGCCGAGACCAUGAAGAAGGCUGCUGAAGCUGAUGGUUUGACUACUAACUAUGAAGUGACCAAGGAAGCACCUACUGGUGUCUGUGCUGUCUUGAUCACUGGCCAUAACCGUUCUCUUGUUACAAGAUUAGAUGCCGCUGAAAAGUUCCAAGUGUCUUUCCUUCAAAGCCCCGAAAACUGGAAAUAUGUUGAAGAAGCCAAAUACUACUACUUUGGCAGCUUCUUCAUCACUCACGAUGGUGGAUACCAAUCUGCUCUUUUAGUUUCUGAACACGCUGCCAAGAACAACAAGACCUUUGCUCUCAACUUGAGCGCACCCUUCUUGUCCAUGUUCUUCAAGGAACGUCUUGAUGCCGUCAUCAAGAACACUGAUAUCCUCUUUGGUAAUGAAGACGAAGCUCGUACAUAUGCCAAACAGAUGAACUGGGGUACUGAAGAUGUUGAGGAGAUUGCAAAGAAAUUGUCUCAGUUGGAAAAGAGCAACAGCAGACCCCGUUUGGUUGUCAUCACUCAAGGUGCUCAUGCUACUGUCACUGCUAUCGGUAACAAAAGUCAUAGCUACCCUGUGAUCAAGGUCGAUGAAAGCGAAAUCAUUGAUACCAAUGGCUGUGGCGAUGGUUUCUGUGGUGGUUUCAUGGGAUUGUACGCCCAAGGUGUUGAAGACCCUGCUCGCUGUGUUCAAGCUGGUCAUUAUCUCGCUAAUCUUGUCAUCAAGAACAUCGGCCCUACCUACCCUCCCAUGUCUGAAAGAACAAAUGUCCCUUCUUUCUAA